GAGAGUGAGAGAGAGGCAGAGACACUACCUGUUAAAUCCAUCUGCAUUUCCUCUGAGGUCCCCAGUGAUAUUGUGGAAAAAUGGAAAACAUCCAGACAGGGACCCCGGCUCCCGGCUGCAUCUAUCCCAACUCCAUCGCACUAUGAGCAGCCUCAGGCCCGGCCACUGGCCACUGAUCCUGGUCCACAUGCUUCUGCUGCAAAUUCAGCCUGUUAAAGGGCUGUCAGUUGAUCCUGUGUCCCAGAAACUACGACGACUCAACGAGCAGUUCCAGCAGUUCCAGGCGCUGACCCAGGCUCGUUUGGACAUGUUGGCCCUGAACCAGAACAGAAACUCCUCGGGGGGGCUAGGGAGCCGUGUUCAGGCCUUGAGUGACCACUGGCACCACAUGUCAGAGGACCUUGAGCACCUCAAGCAGAGCACAACUCAAGAAAUAGAAGGUCUCAGAGAGUGGAGUAGGAAGCUUGAGAAGAAGAGCAAGCGGAUGGAGGGUCGUCUGGCUUUGGUGGAGAGGGCUGUGAGGGAGAACCGCCGCCAUGCCCAGAAGCAGAUGCCUGAUCCCGGUCAGGACUUUUCCAACCUCACCCUAGAACUCCAGAGCCAAGAGGAGAGGCUGGCUGCCCUUCAGGUCCAGCGUGAUGAGCUGAUUGUUGGGUUGAAAGGGUUGCAGGAAUCCCUGAAAAACCAGGCACUGCGUGUGAACCGGCUCGAGGGCCGGCUUGGGGAGGUCCUGCAGUGGAAUGGAGAAGGGAAACCCAGAGGGUUGUGGAGGGCAGGAGAGCCGCUCAGCUCCAACAUCACACCCCAGGAAUUCUAUGAACCACGCAGGAGAAGUCACACACAUAGAGGAGGCAGGCCUGGAAGGAUUCUGGAUGGACAAACCCAACCCAGACCAGAGGGUAUCCCUUAUUCCCAGACUGAUAAUCAUUCACAAUCCACAGCUCAGAGCAGAAGCCCCCCACAGCCCCACCAGUACCAGGCAACACCAAAUCAGCCUAAACAUUCAAAGGCCCAGAGAAGAAGACCUCCAGAAUAUCAUCCACAGAUAGUCCAGUAUCCAAAUCCUACCUCCAAGUCCACAGAUUAUGCCCCUUACCAUCCCCAGUCACAGAUCCAGGUGCAGACCCAGACAAGGCCUUACCCGAUCCAGCAGGAGAAGCUCCAUACACGGCAGACUGUGCCUUAUCUUCAUGCCCAGCCCCAGGUCCAACGGCAGUCACAGCCUCAGUUUUAUCGUCAGAGACACCCCCAGUCACAUAACCUCAGUCGCCCCUCGGGGCUCCAGCCCUCGUCUCAGGCUCCAACCCAUCCUGAACCCACCAAAGACAGACAGAGCAGGACCAGACUGGAGGCUCCACAGUCCCAGGCUUCAGAUGCUCUCCCUCAGCCUCCAUCUUAUCAGCCCAGGGAGAGGGGGUGGGAUGGAGAGGAGGAAGAAAGGGACACAAAGGUGAAGUCUUCAGUGAUCCACAACCUCCUCCAGCUUCCUGUGAGGCAAAAGAUCCCUGUAAGACCAGUUCCCAAAAAGGAUGCAACCAUCUGUAAUGUGGACUCCAUGCUGUUCUUCCCCUCGGCCUCAGAGGAGAACUAUGUCACCUUCUCCACGACUCUCCCGGACCUUCCUGAGCUCUCUGUGUGUUUGUGGCUCCUUGUGGAGGCCUCACAUGUCGGCACACUGCUCUCUUAUGCCACUGACGCCAAUGACAACCAGUUAGUUCUGUAUGGAUGCAACUCCUCUGCCUCAUCUGCCCUUGACUUUGUCAUUGGAGAUCCUGUCUAUCGCCGUCUCCCUGUGUCGUUGCUGCUGGAUGCCCGCUGGCACCACCUGUGCGUCGUCUGGUCCUCCAUCCAGGGUCGUUUCUGGCACUACAUCGACCGGCGCCUCGCCUCCUCAGGCUCCAACUUUGGGAAGGGCUGGGAGAUUCCCGGAGGGGGAUCAGUGGUGCUUGGCCAGGAGCAGGACACCGUUGGGGGAGGGUUUGACCCUGCAGAGGGUUUUGCUGGGCAGGUGGCAGGGUUCAGGGUGUGGAACCGGGUGCUGGGUCCUUCAGAGGUGGAAGGGGUGGCAGAAGGAAGAGGCGUGCCCAGAGGGGUGGUGCUUGACAUGGAGGACAUAAAGGAGGUGCAUGGGGAGGUGCAGCAGGUGGCAUGUGAAUGUUUAGAGCACUGUGUGUGAAAAAGUUACAGAGGAUUCAAAGGAAGACUUUCAUUACAAAACAUAAUUUCUGCAGAGAAUGUUAAUUGUCUCUUGCUUGUCUGCCUCUUAAUAAAACUUUAUUUUACAUUU